AUCGUCGCCCUUUAAAGUGCGCCAUUGCCGCUCCGGUCGCGGCCCCUCCCUUUCCCAAAAGCAAACAAGGGAUAGGUUUGCCGUUCAGCCCCCACCCAGAGCCAGCGGACUGCACCUCGCAGUCCGGCAUGGCUGGACAGAUGCUACCGCCGAUUGCGCUUGUUGCUGUGGCCAUCUGUAUCACCGCGGCGGCGGCGGCGAAGGUGCCGGCGAUAUACGUGUUCGGCGACUCCACGGCCGAUGUCGGCAACAACAACUACCUGACCGGCGCCGCCGUGCCGCGGGCAAACUUCCCGCACAACGGCAUUGACUUCCCCACGUCGCGGCCCACCGGCCGGUUCAGCAACGGGUACAACGGCGUCGACUUCUUGGCUCUUAACAUGGGAUUCAGGCGCAGCCCCCCACCGUUCCUCGCCGUGGCUAACAAAACCAGCAACCCAUUGUUCAGGGGGCUCCAGGGAACAAACUUUGCCUCUGCAGGAUCAGGCAUUCUCGACUCAACAGGUCAAUCCAUCAUCCCAAUGAGCAAGCAAGUGCAGCAAUUCGCCGCCGUGCAACGCAACAUCUCAGCACGCAUCAGCCAGCAAGCCGCUGACACCGUGCUGUCGAGAUCCCUGUUCCUGAUCAGCACCGGCGGCAACGACAUCUUCGCCUUCUUCUCCGCGAACAGCACGCCGUCGUCCGCGGAGAUGCAGCGGUUCGUCACCAAUCUCGUAUCGCUCUACACAAAUCAUGUCAAGGAUCUGUACGUUCUCGGGGCGAGGAAGUUCGCCGUGAUCGACGUCCCGCCGAUCGGGUGCUGCCCCUACCCGAGAAGCCUGCAACCGCUGGGCGCUUGCAUCGACGUCCUCAACGAGCUGGCCCGUGGGUUGAACAAGGGAGUCAAGGACGCCAUGCACGGCCUCAGCGUGAGCUUCAGCGGCUUCAAGUACUCCAUCGGGAGCUCCCAUGCCGUGGUGCAAAGCAUCAUGAAGCAUCCCCAACGACUCGGAUUCAAGGAGGUCACGACGGCUUGCUGCGGCUCCGGCAAGUUCAACGGCGAGUCCGGGUGCACGCCGAACGCCACGCUGUGCGACAACCGGCACGACUACCUCUUCUGGGACCUGCUGCACCCGACGCACGCCACGUCCAAGAUCGCCGCCGCGGCCAUAUACAACGGCUCGGUCCGCUUCGCUGCGCCGAUAAAUUUCAGGCAGCUGGUGGAUGACCAGCACUAGCUAGAGCGUGGCAGUGUCACCGUGUAACGUAGUACUACUAAUUGUUGUACGUCGCCGACUAUGUGUCUGUUUGUCUGGUGAUAUUGGUGCGUAGGAUAUGCUGGGCUGUGUUCAUCAGUGGCUUGUGCUUUAGGCGGUGGUGUAGUUUGGAUACACAUACCAAAAUGUCAUCUCCGUUAUUAUUGUUGCCCUUGUUGGUAUU